GUCCCCUGUCCCCUGUCCCAACACCCAAAACAACACAACAAAUAAAACUCAUACCUGUGACCGUGUUGAUUAACUUCACACUUCACUCUCUAGUCAUGGCUUCUUCUCUUCCUCUUCUCAACCUUCUUACCCUCGCUCUGUCACUACUCUUCUGCAUUGCCUUAACUUCCGAGGUUGGCGUGCAGGCGCAGAUGGAGGAGACAGGCUUGAACCUCAUGUCGGAGGCGUUGGAGUGGCCAACCGCAAUGUCGCUCUACGACGAAGACAGCGAAGAAGAGGAUGUCCAGAACGGUUACAGUCGGAGAUCGUUGUUCUGGCGGAGGAUGAAGUACUACAUCUCCUACGGCGCUCUUUCCGCGAACCGAAUCCCGUGCCCACCUCGUUCUGGUAGAUCUUACUACACCCACAACUGCUACAGGGCCCGAGGCCCCGUUCACCCUUACUCCAGAGGCUGCUCUGUCAUCACGCGCUGCCGGAGAUGAGUGAGUUCGGAUCUGAUCACACGCGCGCCUCACGCUUCAGAUCGCAAAUAAAAAAAACCACCGUCUAGGGUCUUGUUUUGUUAGUGUACUAGAUUUAUUGUCUAUUUAAGCAAGUCAAAAGUGUCGUGUUUGAGUAACGGUUCUCGUUGCGCUGCGCUAUUUUCAUGAACCAUCUGUUUGCUUGCUUUGUGUGUUACUUUAUCAUAUUCAUUCCUUUGUAUAAACUCGAAUGAACUCUAUACGUGGAUGCGCAAAUCUGCUUCCUAUCUUUGUAUUCCCAUCGCUUACACUCUCUUACGUUGCAAAUUAUGUAUCCUAUCUCAUUUCCUUUUUCCUUUGUUGA